ACCGCGCCAGGCGCUGCGAAGCAGGGCACCGAGUCCACGGCGGCGCAGGGUCCCCGCACCGUCGCCACCACCGCCGCGCGCCCGCCUUUCUUUACCUGCACCCCUCCCUCCCUUUCUCUCCCUCUCUCCCCCUCUCGCCCGACCACCUAUAUACCCUGGAGGACCACAAGGGUUCCCUGGCCUCCCUCGGCGUCCCCGCCCUCUCCACCGCCGAGCAGCCCGGAGCAGAGCGCGCCGAGGGCCCGCGCGGACCCGCGUGGCAAUGCGACUCCUCCGGCGCCUCCUCGCUGCCGUGCAGCUCCUCUGCGUCUGUCGCCUGGAUUGGGCUUAUGGAUACUACAGACAACAGAGAAAACUUGUCGAAGAGAUUGGCUGGUCCUAUACAGGAGCACUGAAUCAAAAGAACUGGGGAAAGAAAUACCCAACUUGUAAUAGCCCAAAGCAGUCUCCUAUUAACAUUGAUGAAGACCUUACACAAGUAAAUGUGAAUCUCAAGAAACUGAACUUCCCAGGUUGGGAUAGAAUAUCUUUGGAAGACACAUUCAUUCAUAACACUGGAAAAACAGUGGAAAUUAAUCUCACUAAUGACUACCAUCUCAGUGGAGGACUUUCAGAAAUGGUGUUCCAGGCAAGCAAAAUAACUUUUCACUGGGGAAAAUGCAAUACCUCAUCUGAUGGAUCAGAACAUAGUUUAGAAGGACAGAAGUUUCCAUUGGAGAUGCAGAUCUACUGCUUUGAUGCAGACCGGUUUUCAAGUUUUGAAGAAGCAGUUAAAGGAAAAGGGAGGUUAAGAGCGUUGUCCAUUUUAUUUGAGGUUGGAAUAGAAGACAAUUUGGAUUACAAAGCCAUUAUAGAUGGAAUUGAGAGUGUUAGUCGCUUUGGGAAGCAGGCUGCCUUAGAUCCAUUCGUUUUGCUGAACCUUCUGCCAAACUCAACUGACAAGUAUUACAUUUACAAUGGCUCAUUGACAUCUCCUCCCUGCACAGACACAGUUGAAUGGAUUGUUUUUAAAGAUACAGUUAGCAUCUCUGAAAGCCAGCUGGCUGUAUUUUGUGAAGUCCUUACAAUGCAACAGUCUGGGUAUGUCAUGUUGAUGGAUUACUUACAAAACAAUUUUCGAGAACAGCAGUACAAGUUCUCUAGGCAGGUGUUCUCUUCAUAUACUGGGAAGGAAGAGAUUCAUGAAGCAGUUUGUAGUUCAGAGCCAGAAAAUGUUCAGGCUGACCCAGAAAAUUAUACCAGCCUUCUUGUCACCUGGGAGAGACCCCGAGUGGUUUAUGACAACAUGAUUGAGAAGUUUGCAGUCAUGUACCAGCAACUGGAGGGAGAAGACCAAACCAAGCAUGAAUUUUUAACAGAUGGCUACCAAGACUUGGGUGCUAUCCUCAAUAACUUACUGCCUAAUAUGAGUUAUGUUGUUCAAAUAGUAGCGAUAUGCACUAAUGGCUUAUAUGGGAAAUACAGUGACCAACUGAUAGUCGACAUGCCUACUGACAGCGCUGAACUUGACCUUUCUCCUGAAUUAAUUGGAACUGAAGAAAUAAUCAAGGAGGAGGAAAACAACGAAGACGCUAUUUUGAAUCCUGGUAGAGACAGUGCCACAGACCAAAUAAGGAAGAAGGAACCCCAGGUUUCUAUCACAACACAGUACAGUCACACAGGAACUAAGUACAAUGAGGCCAAGAUUAACGGAUCUCCAACACAAGGAGGCGAGUUCUCUGGGAAGGGUUAUGUUCUGAACACAUCUUUAAAUUCCACUUCCCAUCAAGUCACUGAAUUAGAUACAGAAAAAGAAAUCUCCUUGCCUUCCCAGACUGGAACUGAAUUGCCACAGCACUCUCUGGAAGGCACUUCAGCCUCUUUAAAUGAUGGCUCUAAAACAGUCCUUAUAUUCCCACAGAUGAACUUGUCUGGGACUGCAGAAUCUCUACAGGCGAUUUCUAUAACAGAAUAUCAAGAGGUGUCUACUGACAUCAGUGAGGAGGAAAGCUUAUUAACUGAUUUCAAGCUCGACCCUGGAGCAGAUGACUCUUCAGGCUCCAGCCCUGCCACAUCUGCUGUGCCGUUCUACUCUGACAAUAUAUCUCAUGGGUUUAUAUUUUCUUCAGAAACCCCAGAGGCAAUCACAUAUGAGGCCUUUAAACCAGGAUCUACGAGAUAUGCUUCAGAAGAUCCAUCUUCAUCCGGUCUGGAGGAAUCAGUCACAGAUCCUUCUGGUGAUGGAAGCAUGUGGCUUGGUCACACCACAGAUGUGACGACACAGCCUGAGGUCGGGUCUGGUCGAGAGAGCUCUAUCCACACUAAUUACACAGAAAUCCAAAUUGAUGAAUCUGGGGAGGCAGCUGAGACCUUUUCUCCAGGCACUGUGGAGUCACAUGAUCCCUUGGUGACAGAUAUGAAAAUGCCACAUUAUUCUACAUUUGCUUACGUCCCGACGGAGGUAACACCUCGUGCCUUCACUCCAUCCUCCAGACAGCACGAUUUGGCGCCUACCAUUAAUGUGCUUCACCCUCAGACAACACAACCAGUACAGAAUGGUGAGACACUUCUUCAACCUUCCUCCAGUAGUGAAGUCUUUCCUCUAGUCACCCCUUUGUUGCUUGACAAUCAGACCCUCAACACUACCCCUGCUGCUUCAAGUAGUGACUCGGCCUUGCAUGCUACGCCUGUAUUUCCCAGUGUCGGUGUGUCGUUUGAAUCCAUCCUGUCUUCCUAUGAUGGUGCACCUUUGCUUCCGUUUUCCUCUGCUUCCUUCAGUAGUGAAUUGUUUCACCAUCCACAUACAGCUUCUCAAAUCCUUCCACAAGUUACUUCAGCCUCUGAGAGGGAUAAGCUCUCUUUGCAUGCUUCUCUGCCAGUGGCUGGGGGUGAUUUGCUAUUAGAGCCCAGCCUUGCUCAAUACUCUGAUGUGCUGUCACAUCAGACCACUAUUCAUGCUGCUUCAGAGACAUUGGAAUUUGGUAGUGAAUCUGCUGUCCUGUAUAAAACGCUUAUGGUUUCGCAAAUUGAACCAUCGAGCAGUGACGUAUUGCAUGCACAUUCUCCAGGGCCUGAACUUUCUCAUGCCUUACCUAGUACUGAGGGCUCCCAGGGUGUGUUUACUGCUUCUUACAGUUCUGCAGUACCUGUGCAUGAUUCUGUUAAUGUAUCCAAUCAGGGUUCCUUGCUUAGCAGCUCCAGCCAUAUAUCAGUGCCCCAGUCUUCAUUCAUAACUCCAACUGCGCCAUUACUUCAGCCUACUCCUGCCCUCUCUGGUGAUGAGGAGUGGUCUGGAGCGUCCUCUGACAGUGAAUUAUUCCUUUUACCUGACACAGAUGGGCUGACAGCCCUUAACAUUUCUUCACCUGCUUCUGUAGCUGAAUUUACAUAUACAACACCUGUGUUUAGUGAUGAUGAUAAGGUACUUUCUAAAAGUGAAAUAACGUAUGGAAAUGAGACUGAUCUGCAAGUUUCUUCUUUCAGUGAGAUGGCUAACCAUUCUGAAAGCACAGGCAUGCCCAAGGUGUAUGAUAUUGUAAGUAAGCUGAACGCAUCUUUACAAGGAAGUGCUGUUUCCAUUUCUAGCAUAAAGGGCAUGCUUCUGAGGUCUCUUGCUUAUCCUAUUACUCAGGUGUUUGAUCAUGAGAUUAGUCAAAAUACAGGAAAUAACUUCCCAGUUCAACAUAUGCAUACUGUGUCUCAAGCAUUUGGUGACACUUUAUUUAAAUCUGUGUUUAGCACAAACUCAGAGCCAGCGUCCUCUGACCCUGCUUCUAGUGAAGUGCUCUCUCCUUCAACUCAGCUCUUGUUCUAUGAGGCCACAGCUUUUCAUACUGAAGUGUUGCAGCAGCCUUCCUUCCAGGCUCCUGAUGUUGACACCUUGCUUAAAACUGCUCUUCCAGCUGUACCUAGUGAUCCAAUGUUGGUUGACACCUCCAAGGUUGAUCAAAUUAGUUCUACAAUGUCGCAUCUCCUGGCAUCAAAUAUCGCUUCAAGUGAAAACAUGCUGCAGUCUACAUCUCUACCAGUUGUUGUUGCCUCAUCUCCUGAUACGCACUCUGCUUCAUUUCAAGGUUUAAUGGUUGCUUAUCCAAAUGAGAAAUAUUUUGAACAAGAUUUCCCUAAAAGUUCUCAGCAAGUGCUGCCUUCUUUACAUAGUAAUAAUGAGUUGCCCCAAACAGCAAAUUUGGAGGUGUCCCAGGCCUUGCCUCCAAAAGGAAGGCAUGCAUUUGCUACUCCUGCUAUCUCAAUUGAAACACCCAGAACCAUUAUAAAUCAGGUUAUAAAUUCUGAUGAAAUUUUCACCAUCACCCAAAGUUCUCUUACUGAUGAGGAAAUUGCCGGUAUCCCAACAGCUGUUUCUGGUAUACUUGUAGCUCCUGAUCUUUCUGUUCCUUUAGGAAAUGGGCACUUUUCCAUGACAGCUGCUCCUCCCCACAGAGAUGGUUCUGUGAUCACAUCCAAGAUGCCGCUUCCUUCUAAAGCUAUUCCUCAGCUGACUCAUAGUGCCAGACCUGACACUGAUUUGGUGGUUGGUGGGGAUGAUGUGGACGAGUAUGAUGAUGAUGAUUAUGAUGGCAGAGAUAGUGGCGGCUUAUCCAUCAAUAAGUGUAUGUCAUGCUCAUCCUAUAGAGAAUCACAUGAAAAGGGAACAAAUAACUCAGACACCCAUGAAAACAGUCUUGUGGGUGAUCACAUUUUAUAUUCCCUAUCUGAGAAUUCAGAAGAAGAUAAUAAAGGCUCAGGUGUAACCACAGAUAGUCAAAUUACUGAGGACAGAAGUCCUAAUAAGCCACCAACUAAUACACUAACCCAGAAGCACAAUGCUGAAGAAAAAAACAGUGACACUCAGACUGGUAGUGCUUUACUGCCUUUCUCCCCAGAAGCAGAGGCAUGGGCAGUUUUGGCAAGUGGUGAAGAGAGUGGAUCAGGGCAAGGCACCUCAGAUAGCCUUAGUGAUAAUGAGACUUCCACAGAUUUCAGUUUUCCUGAUGGUAAUGAAAGAGAUGCCAAUGGUGUCCUGGAAGCAGGUGGCGCAGACAUAACUCCUGGAUCUCCACGGUCCUCAACUAGUGGGCAUUCUGAAGUAUCCAACAGUUCAGAGGCAGAGGCCAGUAAUAGUAGCCAUGAGUCUCGUAUUGGUCUAGCUGAGGGGCUGGAAUCUGAGAAGAAGGCGGUUAUACCCCUCGUGAUCGUGUCAGCCCUGACUUUUAUCUGUCUAGUGGUUCUUGUGGGUAUUCUCAUCUAUUGGAGGAAGUGCUUCCAGACUGCACACUUUUAUUUAGAGGACAGUACAUCCCCUCGAGUAAUAUCUACACCACCAACACCCAUCUUUCCAAUUUCAGAUGAUGUUGGAGCAAUUCCAAUAAAGCAUUUUCCAAAGCAUGUAGCAGACUUACAUGCAAGUAAUGGGUUUACUGAAGAAUUUGAGACACUGAAAGAGUUUUACCAGGAAGUGCAGAGCUGCACUGUUGACUUAGGUAUCACAGCAGACAGCUCCAACCACCCGGACAACAAGCACAAGAACCGGUACAUCAACAUAGUGGCCUAUGAUCACAGCAGGGUUAAGCUUGCUCAGCUUGCUGAAAAAGAUGGAAAACUGACUGACUACAUCAAUGCCAAUUAUGUUGAUGGCUACAACAGACCAAAGGCUUAUAUUGCUGCUCAGGGCCCACUGAAAUCCACAGCAGAGGACUUCUGGAGAAUGAUAUGGGAGCAUAACGUGGAGGUUAUUGUGAUGAUAACAAACCUUGUGGAGAAAGGAAGGAGAAAAUGUGACCAGUACUGGCCUACUGAUGGUAGUGAAGAAUAUGGAAACUUUCUGGUCAACCAGAAGAAUGUUCAAGUGCUUGCCUAUUAUACUGUGAGGAAUUUUACUCUAAGGAAUACAAAGAUAAAAAAGGGCUCCCAGAAAGGAAGAUCCAGUGGGCGCCUGGUCACACAGUAUCACUACACCCAGUGGCCUGACAUGGGUGUUCCGGAGUAUUCCCUACCAGUGCUGACCUUCGUGAGAAAGGCAGCCCAUGCCAAGCGCCAUGCAGUGGGGCCUGUUGUGGUUCAUUGCAGUGCUGGUGUGGGAAGAACGGGCACAUAUAUUGUGCUAGACAGUAUGUUGCAACAAAUUCAGCAUGAAGGAACUGUCAACGUAUUUGGCUUCUUAAAACACAUUCGUUCACAAAGAAAUUAUUUGGUGCAAACAGAGGAACAGUAUGUCUUUAUUCAUGACACAUUGGUCGAGGCCAUACUCAGCAAAGACACGGAGGUGCUGGACAGUCAUAUCCAUGCCUAUGUUAAUGCCCUCCUCAUUCCAGGACCAACAGGCAAGACAAAACUAGAGAAACAAUUCCAGCUUCUGGGUCAAUCUAGUAUCCAGCAGAGUGACUAUUCUACAGCCCUAAAGCAAUGCAAUAGGGAAAAGAACAGAACUUCUUCCAUCAUCCCUGUGGAAAGAUCAAGGGUGGGGAUUUCGUCCCUGAGUGGGGAAGGCACCGACUACAUCAAUGCAUCCUAUAUCAUGGGUUAUUACCAGAGUAGUGAAUUCAUCAUCACACAGCAUCCCCUUCUCCAUACCAUCAAGGAUUUCUGGAGGAUGAUAUGGGACCACAAUGCCCAGCUGGUGGUUAUGAUUCCUGAUGGGCAAAACAUGGCAGAAGAUGAAUUUGUUUACUGGCCAAAUAAAGAUGAGCCUAUAAACUGUGAGAGCUUUAAGGUUACUCUUAUGGCUGAAGAACACAAAUGUCUAUCUAAUGAGGAAAAGCUUAUAAUUCAAGACUUUAUCUUAGAAGCAACACAGGAUGAUUAUGUGCUUGAAGUGAGGCAUUUUCAGUGUCCCAAAUGGCCAAAUCCAGACAGUCCCAUUAGUAAAACCUUUGAACUUAUAAGUGCCAUCAAAGAGGAAGCUGCUAACAGAGACGGGCCCAUGAUUGUUCAUGAUGAGCAUGGAGGGGUGACAGCUGGAACCUUCUGUGCUCUCACAACCCUCAUGCACCAACUAGAAAAAGAAAAUUCUGUGGAUGUUUACCAGGUAGCCAAGAUGAUCAACAUGAUGAGGCCAGGAGUCUUUGCUGACAUUGAGCAGUAUCAGUUUCUCUACAAAGUGGUCCUCAGUCUCGUCAGCACACGGCAGGAAGAGAAUCCUUCCACCUCUCUGGAUAGCAAUGGUGCAGCUUUGCCUGAUGGAAAUCUAGCAGAGAGUCUGGAGUCUUUGGUUUAACUCAGAAGGGGGAAGAGCUCUUCUCUUUCUGAGUUUGUGAGUCCGGUUCUUUUCUGUUUACUUCCCAUCAACUGACGGUUACUUUUAUGACAUAGGAUUCUGCUGCCAAAUUCACAUCAUUAAUAAUGUGUGCCUUUUUGAAAGACUUCUUGUAAUUUGCAUAUUAUGUCUUGACUAAAAUGACUGAAUUUUACAGUAUUUCUAAGAAUUGAAUUGAGGUAUUUUUUCCAUAUUGAUUUUAACAGAAGAUUUCAAUUUAUAGGUGUUAGAAAUUCCCAACCUCAGAAAAUGUGUUUUUAGUGUCAGAUUUUUAGCUGUAUUUGUAGAAAUCAUCAAGUUUGCUAGAAUUAUAACUUUUAAUAUAGCAUACUGUAAAUAAACCACUUUGUUCCUUAUAAUAUUCAACAUUUUACAACUGCAGUAUUCACCUGAAGUAGGAAUAAUCUGGUAACUUACUGUAAAUACUGCUCUGGUGUCUCCAUGGACCAAAUUUAUAUUUAUAAUUGUAGAUUUUUAUAUUUUACUACUGAAUGAGUUUUCUAGUUCUGUGUAAUUGUUUGAUUUAAUGAUGUAGUUAAGUAUCUGCUCUUACUCUGUGAAUCUAAUAUUGUGUUGUGUUAUCUAAGAAAUUAACUCUGUUUUAGCAUGUAUUUUAACUUUUUGUGGAAAUUAGAAAAAUAAUUGCUUUGAAAGAUGUUUUUAUGAGAAUAACACCUUACCAAACAUUGUUUAAAUGGUUUUUAUCCAAGGAAUUGCACAAAUAAAUAUAAAUAUUGCCAUUAA